GGCUCCGGUGCGGACUCCCCUGCAGCGGCAGACCCAGAUCCAUGUUGUUCUGUGGUGGUCCUGGGAGCUUCUUCGCUGAGGCAGCCGGUGCUUGCCUGGCCCUUUCCUUAGGUAACUUUGCUGAGAGAUGGCGGAGCAGCGUCAGGACGUCACCAUGAUGGAAGAUCACGCAGCUGGCCAGGAGAAGCACAUCCCAUCAGGCUAUCCCCUUCAGAUACCAGUCGAUGAUGGAUCGGAUGAGCCUGUUUCUGAAACAUCUGACGCUAAGAGCACCCCAACUACGGAAGAUGCCACAGCACCUUUAGUGGAGGAAGGAGACCACGAGGAUCAGGGUGGUGUCGAACAGCACGGGGAGAUCCCAGAAGGAACCACAGCUGAAGAGGCAGGCAUAGGAGCCACACCCAACCUGGAGGACCACGCUGCAGGAGAUGCUGCUCAAGGUCGUAUUGACAGCAAAGACAAGGAAGGGACUGAAGCUGAGGAAAAGAAACCCAAGAAAUCCUCACCUUCCACUGCCAAACCCCCAGGCGAUAGACCCUCCAUCCCCCCCCAACGACACACCUCCUCUAGCACAACCCCUUCGAAAACACCCUCCAGCCCUGCUUCCACCUCUAAACGAGUCUCUUCUGUCACAUCCCGACCUGCCAGUACAGGAAUGCAAGAAACGAAAGCCAAGGGCCCGGAGAUGAGAGGUGGCACGAAGACGGCCACGCCGCGAUCUGCAGCUGGGCAGGCUCAGAGGAACUCAACCAAUGCCACGCGCAUCCCAGCAAAGACGCCCACGGCCCCCAAGACGCCUCCCAGCUCCGGCAGAAAGGAGCAGAAAAAACCACCUCCUGCAGCAGCAAAGUCUGAGAAAGGUGAGCAGCCAAAGUCUGGAGACAGAAGCGGUUACAGCAGUCCCGGCUCCCCCGGGACUCCAGGCAGCCGUUCCCGCACUCCCUCUCUGCCCACCCCACCAGCCAGGGAGCCCAAGAAGGUGGCAGUGGUUCGCACACCACCGAAAUCUCCUGCUUCUGCCAAGAGCCGCAUCCAGCCGUCAGCCGCACCCAUGCCUGAUCUGAAAAAUGUGAAGUCCAAAAUUGGCUCAACUGAAAACCUGAAGCACCAGCCUGGAGGUGGCAAGGUGCAGAUUAUUAAUAAGAAGCUGGACUUUAGCAGCGUUCAAUCCAAGUGUGGCUCAAAGGAUAAUAUCAAACACAUCCCGGGAGGAGGCAGUGUGCAGAUUGUUAAUAAGAAGUUGGACUUUAGCAGCGUUCAAUCCAGGUGUGGCUCAAAGGAUAAUAUCAAACACAUCCCAGGAGGAGGCAGUGUUCAAAUCGUUUACAAGCCAGUCGACCUGAGCCAUGUGACAUCCAAAUGUGGUUCCCUGGGCAACAUCCAUCACAAACCAGGUGGUGGCCAGGUGGAGGUGAAAUCUGAGAAACUGGACUUCAAAGAUAAGGUGCAAUCGAAAAUCGGGUCCUUAGAUAACAUCAGCCACGUCCCUGGAGGAGGAAAUAAAAAGAUUGAGACUCAUAAGCUGACUUUCCGUGAGAACGCCAAAGCCAAGACCGACCACGGCGCUGAAAUCGUCUACAAGUCCCCCACCAUCUCCGGAGAUGCCUCCCCGCGCCGCCUUAGCAACGUCUCCUCCACCGGCAGCAUCAAUAUGGUGGACUCCCCCCAGCUCGCCACGCUAGCCGACGAAGUGUCUGCUUCGCUGGCCAAGCAGGGCUUGUGAUCGGGGCACGGCGGGCAAAGAUGAGAGAAGACAAGGGAAAAAAAAAAAAAGAAAAGAAACAAAAAUAAUAAUCUGGCCUUCUUCCUCUGUUCCUUUUACAGCUGCUUCCCCAUCCCCUAACUGGUUAAUGAUUUAACCUGCUUUUACUGUUCAUUCAGCUCUAGCUCCAGGACUUCAAAAUCAGUGACACUAUGAGGUACAAAACCUCCUCUCCCCUGCUCCUCGGAGCGCACAGCCCAUGCCAGUCCCCCACUCCCUCCC